AUGAGCUAUCGUAGGGAUUACCUUAAAAAGCAAUCGAUUAAAUUAAGAUCUGCGUAUUAUGAUAAGGCUUACAAGAGAUGUAAAAACAAGUUAAAUAAUCUCAUAAAAGAAACUAAACAAGAAUACUUUAGAGAUAAACUAAGCAAUGCUAAAAAUAGCAAAGAAAGUUGGCGAACUAUUAAUGAAUUAUUAAACAAAAAGCCUAAAACUUCAGAGGUUAAAGAACUAGAUAUAAAUGGCCAACUUAUUACUGACGAUGAUAAAAUUGCAGAUGCCUUCAAUCAAUAUUUUUCCACAAUUGGCA